GUCACGUGACUGACCGUGAGCUCUCUGCCUGGUGGAAGCUGUGCGGAGCGUUCGGCGGAGGGAUCCGUGCGGCAUCGAGAAGUUCCUAAAAUACAACAUCAAAAUCUGAUGAUUCCUCAGCAACCACCAUUAAUUACACGACUGUUGUGACUAACAUGGCUUGUCAGAGUGCACCUUCAGGACAAACGGAAAAAACUAGUAUACCGGCAUCCCUCACAUUGUUGCCUUUAGCAUCUGGAAGCAAAGAGCAAGACAAGGAAAAAACUAAAAUACCAAUAGAGCAAAAACAAAAUGAGCAAGAGCCAGCACUGCAUGACAACCUGCCUCUUACAGAUGAUGGCCACUUGGCAGAAACAAAGUCUGCAUCCCAAACUCUAACAAAACUGAGGAAAGGAAGAAGUCCUAGUCAUCAAAUGCCACCUGCAUGCCAACAAAGAAGACCACCUCAGUCUCUCCAGAGAGGGGCUGGCAUGGACUUUGAAAAGGCAGUUGAUACACACGUGGACAGUAUGAGUAAUGGGGAAGACGAAUUGCUGGAAAUCGACAAAUAUCGUGACAGUAUUUUGCAGAAUAUUUUGACUUGCUUACAAGAUCUCAGAGCACAACAGGAAGAUAUAAGGAGUGCCCUGGUGCAAGUCACAGAGGCGACACAAUGCAUUCAGCAGGAUGUUGAGAGUGGGUUUAGGGACAUUGUGGCAGCAACUCAGCAGCAACUUUAUGAAGAACAAGCACACUCCACCACAGCAGCAGCUCUCUCAUCCCCUACAGGAACCAAACUUCCUGAUGUCUUAGAUGAAACUGUGACCACAAACAGGGGAGACUGGGGCCAUGCAAGUACAAAUAAGAGGCCACGCUUGUCACACCCUGAAAGAUGAAUGAGGGUUCAAUAUACACUGGACAUGUUUUUUUUUGUGUCGAGGUUAAUGUA